UAAAGGCAAAAUUUAAACUCAAACCUGACAUCUAACAGCUGACGUUCACCCCAAAUACAAACAACAUGCUUAGCUUAAAUGUAUUUUUAACAGUAGUCUAACAUAUUUAUCAGCAUAUUAAGAAGAAUCCUGGAAGCAAUGCAGUCAUCCUGUAACGGUGCUGCUGCUCCCGCGGGGGUAAAGAGUGGAAGCGGCGGCGGUAGAGUCGCUGUGGUCGGUGAAGAAGGGCGGCAGGGCUUCGGUGUUCAGGAGUGGCCCGACGGGUCAAAAUAUGAGGGCGAAUUUCUAGACAGCUUCAAACAUGGCAAAGGACGCUACAGCUGGAGAAAUGGAGAGUGCUAUGAGGGCUUUUUCUACAAGGACUUCAAGCAUGGCGACGGAGUGUACUGCUGGCCCACAGGUCACAAGUUCACUGGCAAGUUCUACCUCAACAGAAAGGAAGGAUAUGGUCAUUUAAGCUUCCCUGGUGGAGCCAUCUUUCAGGGUUUGUACUACAGUGACCAGAGGUUUGGUCCUGGUGUGGUCACUUAUCCAGAUGGGAGACAGGAUGUGGGCUUCUGGCUCGGGCAGCGCCUGCUGAAACUCUGUUCCUCUGUAGAAGAAGGAUUUAGUCUGCACAGUUUUCCAGAAUAUGCUACAUUUAUGCAGUCUUCUGUCACUGAAGCUUCAUUGAUUCAGGUGGACAUAGACAGAGAUCUGCUGUCAGACGAGGAUUUCAUCCUUCCACCUGGCAUUGAAAGCUAUUCUACAGAUGGCGACCACUUGCCGCUCCCUUCUGCCCGCAGAAGAGAGUUGGAUCGACUGUUUUAUGGUGAGCUGUGGGAGCCAAAUGCUCCUUCACACCAAGGAUAUGAAAGAGAGCCACUCUCUACUCUACCCCUACAGGUCCGCAUGCAGGCUCACAUACACAGACACAGACUGCAGGCUGAAAACAUUGGCUGGGAUGUUGCCGCUGUUCUCUCUCUGAACAGGGAUAGCUUUGGGCCUAAAGGACAUCUGGAAGUCAGUUCAGAACGGAUAAUUCAGUGCAGCUUCAGAGGGGAGCUCCAGGCUGUGUCACAGAUCCUCCAAACUGACUUGGUCUAUCCGGAUGUAGCAGAUUCACAAGGACAAACUGCACUGAUUGCUGCAACUGUAAACUGUCAUGACGAAGUGAUCCAUCUGUUGUUGGAUGUGGGUGCUGAUAUUGACAAGCUGAACAGUGAAGGAAUGUCUGCCCUGGCUGUGUGCCAUGUCCUCUACUAUCCGUUUCAGUCUCUGCACAGAACUUUGAUUGAACCACGCAGCAAAACCCCAGUUUUAAUGUCUCCACCUUGUGAGAGCCGACGUCAGAUCAGCCAGGCUGACUUCACAUCGCGGACGGCGGUUCUUAACACCGAAACUCAGAUCACCGACACAAAUAUGAUGGACCAGAAUAAAUUUAGCCAGCUCUCUGAGCAGGAUUCUGAAGAACCAUCUAUGCAUUUCUCACAUGACCACAGCGAAAAGAUCAAUGGAGACUCUGAGCACCUUCUCGAGGAGGAGAGAACGGAGACAGGAAAGGAGGAAUGCUACGAGGACACAGAAAAAGCUGGAGAUCAACAAAGUGUUAGAGAGGAUCUAGAAAGUGAGGAUGAGGUCAAUAUCAAUGUCCAGGAUUUAAAAAAGAGAGAAGUUCUUGAAAAAUCUGGUGUGGAGUGCUCUAUUCAAGUUUUGGAUGGACACAUUUCACUGGGAAGUGUGCAGUGGAAGGGCAAAAACAAACAUCCAACCCAGAAUCAGAUCUUUGACUCAGCCUGUUCAGCCCGCAGCUAUAACAUCGUUGUAACAGAGGAGAUGCUGCAGCUCUCAGCAGAGGCGCUGAGUCGGACUGGGCAACCUCAGCAGCGUGACUCACAGGAGACUGUGCGCAACAUGGCUGCCAUGAAAAUCGAGCACCGUGCACGUUUAAACACCCUGAAGCUGUUACUGGACCGUGGAGCUGACCCUAAUCUUUCCAGGGUACCCAUGCCUGUCCUCUUUUUGGCCAUUAUGGCUGGCGACACCGAGGUUGUCAGAAAGCUGCUCUUGUGUGGAGCUCACACUGAUAUUCCCCUUCCAAUAGAGAAGAAAGGCUUUUAUCCGCUCCACAUUGCAGCAGCGUUGCCCGGUCCUGAAGGUCCCGAAAUCACAGAACUGCUUCUGCAUGCUGUCACUGACCCUGAUGCUCGGACAUGUGACCAGGACGAGAUCUAUGAACCUGAUCUGAACUUAAUGAAUGAUAAAGAAUGGCUGGACACCAGUAAGAAUCUGCAUCUGAAAGAGGGGGGAAGGACUGCUCUGCACAUAGCCUGCCAAAGAGAAUAUGACUACUUGAAUGCCUGUAAAGUGGUGGCCCUCCUGCUCUCCCACAGAGCCAGUACAGACCUCCUCUGGAGUGGACACUCACCUCUCUCCUUGGCUAUUGCAAGUGGCAAUGACCUGGCAGUGGAGGAGCUCCUGAGGGGAGGUGCAGAUCCUGACUUACCAUUGGGCUGCAGGGUGGGCAGUGCCCUCUGCGCCCUCGCCAACUUCAACUACCACUUAGGUGGCAACAGAAUUAAACUGCUUGACAAAUUAGCCAAGGCUGGUGCUAAUAUCCUGAUGCCAGUGACAGUGGGUGAAGUGGUGGGAACUGCAGUCGACUUUGCACACUACUCCUUCCACCAGGAUCUACGUAUUGCUGACACUCCAUUCCACGCCUUGAACCUGCGAGAGAGGGAAAUAUUCCAAGCACGGCGCCAACUGCUGGGUGUAAUGUCGGAUCUUUUGAGACAGACUGCUGGGCAAACGGAGAUGAGGAAUGUGGAGAGAGAACGCCACCUUUCACUGACUACCUCAGAGGACAACAGGCUGGCAUCCCCUAACGGAAAAUCAGUGACAGAAAAGACUCUCAGGCAGCCAGCGUUUAAGUUCUGCUAUCACUGCGGUCGCUCAGCCUUUGUGAAGCUGAUUGCUUGUGGUCGUUGCCUUAAAGUGUUCUUCUGCUCCAAGGCCUGCAAACUGAAAGCAUGGAAGGAAAGGCACAAGGAAGAGUGUCUCCAGGUGUCAGCCUCUGCUGAUAUCAUCCAGAAGAGUACUAUGUUUAAAACCCAAAGAGUCGACAGACCCUUGACUGUCAUGAAAUCCAAGCCUGCACAGCAGUCACUCAGCAUCACAGUGAAAUCCUUAAGGGUUCCCAAACCCUUUCCCGUGGAGGAGAAGGUCUUGGUGAGCCAGGUCAACCUGAAGGAAAACUACAGCUACAACUGAUGGGUUUUAAAUUGUAACCUGCUUAAAAAUAGCUGUUUAAAUGUAAUGUAAAUGUAAUGUAAAUGUAAUGUAAAUGUAAUGUAAAUGUAAUGUAAAUGUAAUGUGAAGCAAGUCAUAUUUCAUCAAUAUCAAAGUGCACUUAAGAUGCAUUUCUGCCUUAAACAAUCUUUGUUUUAUUAUUGCUUAAAUUAUCCAUUUAUUUUACAGACUACAUUUAAUGAAAAGCUGCUAAGUGUAACUUAAAAUUAUAUUAUUUUACGAUUUA